CACCACAAGCAUAAAAUGAGCUGCUAAGGCAACACAAUCUCACCCGGUUUAUUCAUAAUUUACGCGCGGUUUUCUGCUGACAACAUGUCAAACGAGAAUAAAUGCAAAGCAACUGUCAAAACUGCUACACACAUCAAAUCACAAUCUGAUUAUGCAUUCGCUCAUUCUCAUUCCCAUUGGAAACGCAUCGUGACUGAUUCAGUGUGUGAGUAGCCAGUGUGAUCAACGACACAAUUUUGUGUGUUAAUAAUAAGCGUUCUGUAUCAAGAAGCCGAAAGAGUUUUUUUUAACGUACAUUUCAUUACAUUUGCGAGUUUUGUGAUAGAAAAACCUCGCCAUGGAUAUGAACGACGCGAUAAAAUUGGAAAAUCCAAUCAAGAUUGACAGUUCAUUAUUGGAGAAACCGAUAAUGUUCACAUUGGAUCGAAAUCAAUUGGUCAACAAUGUCGACGAUAAUUUGAUUGAAGACGAUGAUAUGAACGAGGAGGCAAAGCCAAAAGCAACACCAUGGCUGGAAAGUUUCGACGAGCUGAAAACGACAAUGGUGAAAAUUCCGGAGUACAACAUUUACAAGCGCACAAUCUUCGAAGGAAACGGCGAUGCGAUGGGCCGACGAAAAUGCCGCAUUCAAUGGUCGUACAGUAUGUUCAUGGAGAGAGAGGAGAAUUCGUACGAUUCAAGUUGCGGCGUCAAAACCAAUUUGUAUGACGAAUUGUUUCCCGGAAUUUGGUAUGCCCUUGAAACGAUGUGCAAAGGUGAAGAAUCGCAUUUCAUCAUCAGCUACACAUUGAUGUUUGGUGAGUUCGGCCACGACGCCGGCAAUGUUAAAAUCAAGCCGAAAGCAGACAUUUUAUUGGUGGCAAAAUUGGUGAAUUUCCGUGAGAUUGGCUCCGAAAAUGCUUGCGAUGAAUUGAGCGGUGAUGAGCUGCGGAAAUUUGGAUUGGUCAAAGAGAAAGUGAUGGAAAUGCAAAAGAAAGUUAGCGAUUUGUGCCGCAAACGAGAAUUUGAACGUGCCAUUCGGGUGAAUUUGCAGAUCUUACAGCGCCUGCAAUUUUGUGACAUUGAAAAUGGUGACGAGCUCAAGGAAAAGAAUCAGAUUUUCGCCGAUGUAUACGAGAAACUCAUCGAUUAUUACAUCAAAAUCGAAAACUACAAAGAAGCCUUUGAAAAUGUGACACGUCUGCGUCAAAUUUCGGAUGUUGAUAGGAAUGUCAAUGUUCUGGUGAACGAAGCGAUCGCACGCAGUAAAGUAGAUGAUGAUUACAACCGAUCGAUUGUUUUGCUGCGUAGGGCACAACAGCUUGAUCCACACAAUGAAAGCGUGAACAGCACACUCAAUGACAUUCAAAAGGCGCGUGACAAGUACAAAAACGAGAUGAAGGGCUUUUUGCAACGUGCAUUCCAGUUGAAACCACAGCCACAAGUGAACAAGGCACAAGGUAAAGGCGAUCACGGCAGUGUGAAUGGAAUCAUGGAUUCAUUCGCGAAACUUGACAUCGGUACAAGUGCACCACUCGUCGGAUACACUGCCCAAGAACUGAAAAUGGUCGAAGAAGCCGUCGAGAACGACGCAUCGUACGAGCUUCAGAUGAAUAGCGGCAGCGACGGUCAGCGUAAAUAUUUCAUCAAGAAAUUAGCUUAAUGAGGAAAAUGCAGAUUAGUCGAUUCGAUGAUUUUGCUCUAGCUAACUCAUGUUUAAACUCCUUUAGAGUUUAUCAUCAUUUUUCAAAUUUUAUUUUGUUCUUCGAAUAUAAAGAAAAAAAAAUCGAAUUUCUUUGAUUUUCGAAAUAUCUCUGUGCUAGCGCAGCCUUUGAUAAAAUCAUUCCUUUUGAAUUACCAUAGAUUCAAACAUCUCCCAUAUUACCGAAGAUUUUUUGUUAGUUACUUAAGAAAAUCUUAUAUCAAUUCUCAGCAGGAAAAAUAAGUCAAUUAUCAAUUUAAAACCAACAAAAUUCCGUACAUUUUGAAAUGAUAGAAACGAAAACACACCAACAAAACCAAAUUACCAGCGGUUUAAAUCAUAAUUUAGUGAAAUAUUUCAAGAAUUUUUUCAAAAAAAUAAUCAUCUUAGAAAAUAAGAUAAAUCCAUGUAUAACUCAUUCUUUGCUGAAAAUAUCAAAAUCAAAUGAUAUAAAUAAAAUUCAACUUAUUAUCGAAUAGAAAA